AUGUCCCAUUCACCUUCAACGGGUCCUCAACCACUGGCUGUCCGAGACUUAUACACGGGUCGACAUAAACGAGCUCGAUUCCAUACACCAACCAAGCCUGAACCUUACAAUGCUGAUUACUUUUCAUACAUCGCUUCCCAUUUCGCGAUCAACGAUCAACGCCCUCCAGCAGGCACCUUUGAAAAAGCUGAACGAACACGAGACUUGUAUACAGAACUUGAAGCCGACUUGAGCUUUCUUCGACAAAUGCGAGGGGUUUGGGAAGGCAAAUUAGCACAGCUUAAGAUGGAUUUUGAUAUGCUACAAGAUAUGGCUAGAGCACAACCGAAGGAUGUGGAUGACUUGAUCGAUUUGGAUAAGCGAGUGGCAAUUGUACCGCAGGCGGACGACGAGGAGCAGUCUUCAUUACAUUCACAGUCAAUAUCAGCAUCUAAAACACCCCUCGUUAUUCCAGGAGAUAUCGAAUCAACACAACUCGGAUAUUUCGAUGAUGAUCCACAGUUGAUGAACAUCUUAAGCGGUGAUCAUGAGCAUGUAUUAUGGGAUGAACAAGAAGAGGAUGACGACAAUACCACUGAGAUACCCACUACCACCCCCAUCACCACUGAUCCACGUAUAACCAUGGAGAAAGAAGAAGAUGAGGAGGAAGACAAUGAUAUCGAAGAAGAAGAAGAAGAAGAGGAAAUUGAAGAUGACGAGAAAGCAAGACAAGCAUUGACGUUAAUGUUGGCCGAGUACGGUGACCAGCUUUGA